CACCCACAUGGAUAGAGGUAAGGCCACCCCACAACCCAAGCGAUGGUCUAAUUACAAGCAUUCAGUACAGUUUAACUCCCAAUGGAACAAAUAGUUCAUACAUAUAAACCACACACAGUCUCAAGCCCAGCCCUGUGAUCUAAUCUCCCAAAUGGGUUUUACCAAACUCUUCCUCUUCUUCCUGGUCUCAAACCCAUCUCAAUCUUAUGCUGCUGAGAAUGUAAGUGUGAAUCUCUACUACGAGACUCUGUGUCCUUAUUGUGCCGAUUUCAUAGUGAACCAUUUGGCCAAGAUCUUCCAGAAUGGGCUCAUCUCCAUCGUCAAUCUCAGAAUGGUCCCUUGGGGCAAUGCUUGGCUCAAUUCCGAUAGCUCCUUCGCCUGCCAGCAUGGAACAGAUGAAUGCUUGCUCAACACAAUUGAGGCCUGCACCAUCACCAUCUAUCCUAAUGUGAAUCGGCAUUUUACAUUCAUCCACUGCGUUGAGAGGCUCACGUUGCAGAACAAACACAGUAAAUGGGCCGAUUGCUUUGAAAUGUCGAAGUUGGGGACUGUACUUAUCGAUUGCUACAACAGUGGAUAUGGCAAUCAGAUUGAAACAAAAUAUGCAAAGGAAACUGCUCAGCUUAAUCCACCACAUAGAUUUGUGCCAUGGCUGGUUGUCGAUAAUAAACCACUUGCAGAGGACUACGGAAAUUUUAUGGCCUAUAUCUGUAAGGCAUACAAAGGAAAAUCUCCAGAAGCUUGCAGAUCAAUUCGCUACAAGACUGAAUCAAUUGGAAAUGAAAAAUCGAUUCCUCAAGUUUGCCUAGCAGAACAAGGAAGAAACUCUACAUAGUAAGCCAGAGGAGCAGACCUACAUUGACAUUCCAUAUGAUAAUUGAACCUAAUGUUGAUUGAUAUGACAUUGUUGAAGCUGACCUAUAAUGUAUUAUGGUCUGAUAUUGUGUUAUGUUUUGUGUGUUUUUUCAAUCCAUGUUUGUUACUGCUUAAUCAUUCUUGUCAAAAUCUGAGGGCUUUUUACUGCCACCAUCAUGUAUUUAUAAUUGAGAUAAUCAAGUUAUGGCAAACUGAUA